AUGGGCGACAGCGGCAUAAGCACCAACGUGGGCCAACCCGGCCCAGCGCCCAAGAAGCACAUCUUGCUGAAUGCAUUCGACAUGUCCACCGUGGGACACCUGUCCCCGGGCCAAUGGAAGAACCCGAACGACAAAUCGGCCACGAAGCGCACGCUCGAGUACUGGAUUGAGCUGGCGAAGCUGCUCGAGCGAGGUGGCAUCAACGCCCUGUUCCUGGCGGAUACGUUUGGGGGCCAUGAUACGUACCAGGGGAAUUUGGACGAGUGUAUUCGCCGGGCGGCGCAAUGGCCCGUGACGGAUCCGUCGAUUCCCAUCUCGGCGAUGGCGGCCGUGACGAAGCACCUCACCUUCGCCAUCACCUCGUCGACGUCCUCGGAGGCGCCGUUCCUGCUGGCAAAGCGCUUCUCGACCCUCGACCAUAUGACCAAGGGCCGGUUCGGCUGGAACAUCGUCACCUCGUACAAGAAAGCGGCCUUCAAGGCCAUCGGGCUGGACAGCCCCAUUGAGCACGACGAGCGGUACCGACAGGCAGAUGAGUACCUGCGUGUGCUGUACAAACUGUGGGAGGGAUCGUGGGCGGCGGACGCCGUGUCGCCAGACCCGGCCAACGACUCGUACAUCGACCCGGACAAAGUCCGCACCAUCAAGCACAAGGGCAAGUACUACAGCCUGGAGACGCCGCACAUCGUCGACCCGUCGCCGCAACGCACCCCGUUCCUGUUCCAGGCGGGGACCUCGCCGGCGGGCUCGGCCUUCGCCGCCACGCACGCCGAGGCGAUCUUCGUGUCGGGCCACUCGCCGGGCAUCCUGCGGCCGAAGAUCGACCACAUCCGGCGGCUGGCGGCGGAGCAAGGGCGCGACCCGCGCUCGAUCAAGCUCUUCGCGACCUUCACGCCGAUCGUGGGGCGCACCGACGCGGAGGCACAGGCCAAGUACGAGGCGCUGAAGAAGGACGCGUCGGUCGUGGGCGGGCUGGUGCUCUUCAGCGGGUGGACGGGGAUCGACAUCUCGCGGAUCCCGCUGGACCAGGAGAUCACGGCGGCGGACUCGGCGGAGACGGCGCGCAUUGCGAGCGUCCUGGACGCGCUCACGACCACCAGCGAGGAGAUCCCGCGCUGGACGCCGCGCGUGGUGGCGGAGAAGGCGGCCACCGGCGGGUUGGGCCCGCUGGGCAUCGGCAGCGCGGCCACGGUCGCGGACGUGAUGGAGCGCUGGAUCGAGGAGGCCGACCUCGACGGGUUCAACCUGGCCCAUGUGUCGAACCCGGGGACGUUCGAGGACGUCGUGGACCUGUUGAUCCCCGAGCUGCGACGACGCGGGUUGUACCCGGAGCUCCCUGUGGCGGAGGCGGAGGCGCUCACGGCGCGCGAGAAGGUGUAUGGGAAGGGACAGAGCGGGCUGCGAGCAGAUCAUCCGGGGAGUCGGUACGCAUACGAUGUGUAUGUGGAGGAAGCGUCGUAUGAGGCGUAG